AUGCUAUCAAGCCCUACUCUAGCCGAAGCUGCCGCAGAUCCUCAGGUCUACAAGAACAUCAAUCUCCACAUCCUAACAGUCUAUCCUCUCAUACCACUUUGCAGCUACAAAGAACUUAUGGAUCGCUGCCUUGCCGCCGGAAACUUUCAGGCUCACUACAUACGUGGGAUACAAGAAUAUUUCCAUAACAACGACAUCGGUGUAGGAUUUCCUCAUUUAAAAAUCGCUGCAGAAGUGGAGAACAAGAGAUCAAAAAACGAUGCUGGAUUCACUGGGAUGGAGAGACAACAUGAAACACGGCAACACUUGCUGGAAAAACAUCAAAAAAUCACUCCAUGGAGUAAGAGUCACAACCCUAGACGCUACUAUGAACGCCUACACAGAAGCAAGGGAACCUAUCACAUGUCAAGGAGACGAGAUGCUACUUCGCUGUGA